GAGCACCACAUUUUCUUCCUAAUGCUACUGUUUGUAGCCUCAGGUCAUCUCAUUCAAGACCCCUCACUGGAUGACCACUGGGAGUCCUGGAAGGAAAGCUACCAGAAAACAUACAAGGAUAAGGGAUAUGAGCUUUCAAGGAGGCUUAUUUGGGAAAAGAAUUUCCGCAUGAUUGAGAGACAUAACCUUAAGUUUUCCAAAGGACAAUCAACUUUUGAGAUGGGAAUGAACCACCUUGGGGACAUGACCAAUGAAGAAAUUAAUUCCAUGCUCAAUGGACUCAGAAUACCUGAAGACAACAGAAACAACUUUACUGAUGCUACAUAUGCUGAACCUUCAGAACCUUCAGAUGAUCAGUGUUCAAAGAGAGUAAAUUGGGUCAACAGGGGGUAUGUCACUAAAGUCCGAAACCAGGGGCAUUGUGGCUCCUGCUGGGCUUUCAGUGCCACGGGUGCUCUUGAAGGCCUACUCAAGAGGACCACGGGCAGAUUGGUGGCACUAAGCCCCCAGAACUUGAUGGACUGCUCCUCAGACUUUGGAAACCAUGGUUGUAAUGGAGGAUACCUUACCACAUCAUUCAAGUAUGUGAAGUUGAAUAAUGGCAUUGACUCUGAAAAGAGCUACCCUUAUGAACACAAGGAAGGAAGAUGUCGAUACUGUCUUCGGGGAAGAGCAGCAACAUGCAAGUCAUACAAAACCAUACCGUGGGGCAAUGAGAAGGCUCUUCAAAGAGCAGUGGCUAGAGUUGGUCCUGUGAGUGUAGGCAUUGAUGCCAGUCAGUCUUCCUUUCAUUACUAUAAAAAAGGUAUCUACUAUGAGCCAUUAUGCAGCAGUCGAAAGAUAAACCAUGCUGUUUUGCUGGUGGGAUAUGAUCAAAUGAAAGGCUUUGACUACUGGUUGGUUAAGAACAGUUGGGGUACUCGCUGGGGAAAUAAAGGAUACAUUAAAAUGGCCCGAAAUCGAAACAACAAUUGUGGAAUAAGCUGUUGGGCUUCUUAUCCAACAAUGUGAAGACCUUUCGAUGCUGAGGUUGAUACUCGACUGCAUGAGCUGAUGCAAACCUCAAAGCCAAAUCUGUCACUGCACUCUGCUGCUGAGCAUUUACCAAAGAUUCAUCAUAACUUCCCUUAGGCAAUCUGUAAAGAAAAAACAGUUAAAGAGUUUUUUUUUUUCAUUUUAAAUUUGUAUAACUGAUGUUAAACACAAACUGGGCUAGCUCCCUAUCCAGAGUUGGUACCUCCUUGUGCUGGAUGUUGCCCUGAUAAUUACUUGAUUCCCAUAGCUGUGAAAUGGAUGAGAUUAUUAGAAAUGUGUUUGAUCAACAACAUCAACAUUUCAUGGACAUCAUUGUAUUGUGGCAUGGAAAUCCCCAGUAAAGACAAGCAGUUUUAUUUUGUUUUUAACUAAAACCUAAAAUAAGAUCAGCCUAAUUCUGAAAAGUGAACACAUGGCAUUUUUUAAUAUUUGUCAUACAUUAAAUAGGAGUCUCAGAACAGCACACAUAUAUUUUCAAAACCUAGAUUCAAAAUUU